CUGUUAUUCUCAACCAAACACACGUGAAGCCCGAAGACACUCGAGGCAGAAGCUGAGUUCGCAAUUGCUUCCUUCAUAGGCGUUUCUCAUUGAAUUCUGGGAGUGUUCUUCACAAACUCUUAUCCAGACGCGAAGAAGAGGUCCAAUGAGAAUUCAAGAGAAGGUUUUUUAAGUUGAUUAUGAGUUCCAGUAAACGCCAGGGUCGCGACAAGAAAGAAACCACUUCACUCUUCGGGGAACCUGAUUUGGAUGAAAAACUUUUGUCCUCAACUGUAAGGCAGUGAUGGAAGGUGGUACUUUAACCCCAUCUACAAACCUACCACAGAGGAAGAACUAUCGUGGCUGCCAACCUCAGGGACAGCACUGGAUGACUCCAGAGAUAUCUGCUCAAUUGCAGGUUUGUAAUCAGCUACGCAAAGCAUCAGAAGCAUCUAAUAGACCCGAAGAUCACGAGGCAUACCAAGCACAAUGCAGAAGAGUGCACAGUAUGAUGGAGGAAAGCAAGGCCAGUCUUGGUUUAGGCCACUUACCUGCACUCCCUUCUCAGUAUGGUUAUGGAUGGCAGAAUGAACAAGGGUACAAUGGCUAUCAGCCCACAGGCCCAAUGGGAAAUUCUAACUUCCAGCAAGGAUCUGGGAAAUAUUUUCAGGGAAAUAACAGGAAGCCCAUCACUUGUGGACCUUGCAAUCGAACAUUUUACAAUAAGCAGAAACUUGAAGAACACCUUAAAGAUCAUGUUGAAUGCCCAUUUCCCGAGUGCAAAUUAAGUGCACAUAUCAAGGUCAUUGACCAGCACAUAAAUAACCAACAUAUGCUUGUUAAUUUUGCUUCCUUACAAAUUGAUGAUGAAACAUGGAUUGCAGAGAGAAAGAAACGCUUUCCAAGUAUUCAGAGAGCAGAAUUACGAAGAGCAGAACAAAUAGAAAAACUGAAGAGGGGAGAGAAGUUGGGUGUAAGUAAAAAACCUUUUAAAAGUAAAAUCAAAAGUAUUACUAGUAAGAAUGAAAAUGAUACUUCAGGUGUCAGCAAUGCAACUACAGGUGUUAAACGAGAGCAGCCACAGAAUGAGAGUGGCAAAGAUGAAGGCAAACGCAAAGGGAAAUUCAGGAGGAAAAGACAAGAACAGGAAAGCUUCAACAGGCCACCUCAGCCAGUCAUGAAAGUAGACCUUUUCGAUUCGGAUGAUGAAACAAGGGAUGGUUUGCGUGCCUUCAGAGGAACCAAAUGCUUUUAUGAAGAAUUGGGAGAAGUUAGUUACUUUGGAAACAAGAGCAUAAAUGUUGAUAAAGAGGACACUGCAGAGCAAGAGGAGAAUAUUGUAAUAAGUGAUGAUGAGGACUGGCAGGAUGAAGAUAAUAAGGCAGCAGAUACUAAAGGACCACUUGUUUUAGGGGGUGCUCUAGGAUCUUUAAUGGGUGCAUACUCUGACUCAGAGGAUGAAAGUAUUGAUGAAGCAGUUACUAGUCAAGGAAAAGAUAACCCACAGUCUGUGCCAAAGAAAAUUGAUGAAGGUUCCUCUUCCAAGGUUAAAGCAGAUACCUCUGUUGAAGUUACAAAGAGCCAAGAUAAGUCUGUUGAUGAUGCAGGGACCCAAGAUAUGUUAGUUGAGGUUGCAAAACAAGAUUCUUCCACCAAUGCUGAAGUGAAGCAAGAUGCACAACAAAUAAAAGAAUCUACAAGCAGAACAAGAAAUAGAAGAAUGCAACGCAAAAAAAUGCCAAAAGGACCACCCAAACCUCGCAAAAUGCCACGAAGACGUAAGACUCUCCUGGAGAAACUUCUACAAGCAGAUAUUAUACAUGAGAGGAAUGUAAUUCUACAGUGUGUGCGAUUUGUUGUGAAGAAUAACUUUUUUGAUGGUAAAAAUAUUGUUGGUGAUAAGAAAAUAAAUGACAGUAGUAAAGCAGAAAAGGAGACUGAAGAUUGCACUGUAAACAAAGAUAAAAGAUCAGACACAGUACAGCCACCAAAAGAAGACAAUAGCUCACAAAUUGGUAACAUAUCAGCAAUUACUGACAAAGACAAUCAGGAAGAGAAACAUGUGACAUGUAAAGAUUUAGGACAUCAGAUAACAAGUGAAGAUAGCAAAACUGUUAAAGUCAUAAAGAAUGAAUGUGACAGUAAUAAGAAAGCAGCAAGGAGGUUGAAAAAGCAACUAUUAGAAGAUGAUGCGGCUCUUAGUAAUGGUGCUUCCAAAAGGAGAAAAAGUGAUACUGAAGAACUUUCAAAUUGUGAGGAAAUUAAAGAUAAAGUAGAAGUUAAGAGAAUGAAGUUGAGUGAAGAGGAAAAGUCAUCGGGGGUGUUUAACAAGAAUACCAUCAUCAAUGGAGAAAACAUUGAUGAGAAAAAGGAAAGUACAGAUAUUGAAACAGAUAGUAAAAGUGAUUCACAGAGUAAAAACAGUGUUGAGUCAACGGCAUGUGAGGAGAUGAAAGAAAAGAUAACUGACAAGGGACAAGAAAGCUCAUUAGAAGUUAAAAGAAUAAAGUUUAGUGAAGAGGAAAAGUCAGUGGAAAUAUAUAUAUUUUAA